UUCGGCCAAACCGCGGACCAUCAGCAGAAACUUACCAACCUCGGUCGCGAGAGCUUUUUUCCAUAUUGAUUAGUUAUGUCGCUUUUGUUGUUUACUCGCCACAUUUUUUUGGCCAGUUAAUUGUGGUAUUUGUGGUAGUGUGCGCGCGAAACCCAACCGAACCCCCCAACAAUCUGAUCAAAACACAAAUACCGGUGGUCGCCCCCAUUAGUCCCAGCUCCUCCGCCGAUCCAGGAUCCCCAAAUUCCCAGGACUAAGAAGUGAAAAAAAAAACACAGAUUUUGAUAAAAAAAAAAAGACAGAAAAGGGAGUCGCGAGAGCGAGCGUACAAAUCCCCCGAUGUCCGCGGGUGUGGGUGGCGGAGGGAGCAUUACCACCGAGCACCAUAGUCGCCUCUACUUCCUCAACUCACCGACGGCGCCGCUCACCGCCCGCUCCGAUCCGUUCUUCAUCAAGCCGGAGUACCUCAGCUAUGAGAGUCCCAUGCACCAUGCCCUCUAUCCCGGCAAUCCCCGCGGCCUCAUAGAAUACAACAAUUAUAGUUCGGCGAGUUCGGCGGCCGCCGCUGCAGCCGUUGCCUCCGUUUCUGUAUCCGCCACCGCCACCGCCUCCGUCGCAUCAGCAUCCGCUGCCGUUGUUGCAGCCGCCGCAGCAGCAGCAGCAGCGGGCGGGACGACAUCAUCAUCAGGAUCAGGACCAGGACCGACCACUUCAUCGGGGAGUAAUUCAGGUGGCACUGCAUCCAAUACGGCGAGUGGUACGCUAGAGAACAACUUCUCACAGCAGCAGCAGGCCAGUAAUCCCCUCCAGCAGCAUAGCCAGGCGGAGCACCAGCAUCAGCAGCAGCAGCAGCAGCUCCAGCAACAACAACAACAACAACAGCAAACACAUCCCCUGCAUCAUCAUCUUUCCACGGGCGUUGUGGUUGUCGGCGGAGGAGGAGGCGGAGGAGGAAGUGGAGGAGGCACCUCUGGCACCUUACAACUUGGUAAUCUUGGAGUACCAGGUCUCGCCCAACUGGGAGUACCACAUUUGAGCCAUAAUCCCACAACACAACAGAACCUCUCACAGUCGUCGCGGGCCCAGAAGGCGGCACGUCGAAGGAGCAACGAAUCGAUCGAGGCCAGGGAACGUAGGCUGGAGAGGAACGCGGCCAGGAUGAGGGAUAAGAGAUCGAAGGAAACGGAAACGGAAUAUCGACUCCGGUUGGCAAAGAAUGCGGAGGCGAAUCGGGUGCGACGGCAGAAUGAAACGGAAGUACAAAGAACCCUAAGACUGAUGAAGAAUGCCGCCAGGCAGAGAUUGCGCCGGGCCUCGGAGACGUCCGAUGAGCGGAAGAAGCGUCUGGCCAAGGCCGCUGAAAGGAUGAGGGUGGCGCGGGCGAGUGCGCCCAAGGUCAUUAAGCCGCCGCUGGCCGACAGGCUAAAGGGAUACUAACAAGGUGUAUCCUUGGAGCUGGCUUCCAGGAAGGCAGGUGGACAGUAAGCUGGCCAGGAUUCAAAGGCAGGAGACACGCCCACACACCAACACACACACACAUAUAUAGAGAGAGAUCCAGGAAGGAUAAUCCCCAAGUCUAUAUAAGAAAAAAGUGAAGAAAAAGGAUAAGGAGGAGAAAGAAAUGGAGGUGGAGGAGGAGCAGCCUCCAGGACAUUUAGAAUUAGGGCUCGGCAAUUUUUUUUUUUUAAGUUAAAAUUAAAAAAAAAAAAAAGAAACAAAAAAAAAACAAGAAAAAAAAGAAAAUAACUUAACGUAAAAGUAAAGUAUUUUUAUAAUGCAUGCAUUAUAUAUUCAUACGAUAUAUAAUAUAUAAUAUAUAAUAUAUAAUAUAUAUAUAUAUAUAUACGCAUAGUUAUGUAUACACACACACCCACACACACACCCACACACACACCCACACCCACACACCCACACUGACAGUGUGAAGCCCCCAAAAAAGGCGCAAGAGAGAGAGUUCCAACCCCCCCAACCCCUUUUUUGAAGCGAAAAGGACAUGCCAUGUGUGUGUGGCAAGGAUACCCAGGGUGCCUCACUGUACAUACAAAAAAAAAUAAGGGAAAUAUAUUCAAAAAAUAUAUCUUAAAAUCUAAAAAAAAAUUGGCACAUUAGAGAGGGACGAGGCAACAAGUGCCUUUCCAGCUUAUCCUCAGGCAAAAAAAUUAAAAAAAUAAAUAAAAAAUAACAAAAAAAAAAAUAUAUUAAAAAAAAGGAUUAAGAAGAAGAAAAAGAAGCUUCGGAGUAAAACCGAAGAUCUUAUACCCUCGCAGUAAGAAUUUAAAAAAAAAAAGGAUCUUUUUUUCAAAAAAAAAAAACAUAUUUUUGUAGGAAUUCCAGUUUAGGGCUAUUGCUUUUGUCCGAUUUUUGAAAAUACAAAAAUUUCCAGUGUUGAAAAACUUCUCAAAAAUUAAAAACUUAUAAUUUCUGCAAGGUUAUAAUGAAAAUAUUUCCCCAAAAAUUAAUAGAAAAAAAUAAAACUUGAGGCACCCUGGCGCUCCAAAUCAACCCCCAUAUGUGUAAGCUUGUAACCCAAAAAGGACUCCCCCAUACACACACACACACACACACACACAUGGUACAAGGAUAUGUGGUGAGCAUUAGUGUGUGUGUGUGUGUGUGUGUGCAUAUUAUAGGGCUAUAGGGCCAUAUAUAUAUAUAUAUAUAUAUAUAUCUCUGAAUACACACAUGAUCCGUUGCCGUUGGCAGGCACAUAACGCAAUAUUUGUUAUAGCACGCAAUCCCUAAUAUCCUUAUAGCCUCCCCCCCCACAACUCCUACAACAAAAAAGCACUAAAAAAAUGAAAUAUUUAAAACAAAAUAUAUAUAUAAUUAAUACAUAUUAUUCUAAUUAUAAAUUAAUACAAGAGAAGAAAAAAAAGAGUUAUCCAUUAAGUUCUAGUCCAAAUUUCAAAUUGUUUUUUUUUUUAAUUCUUUUUUUUUUUUUAAUAACCUGUCUAACGUUUAUUGAAUUGUUUUUGAAUUAUAAUUAAGAUGAAAGAUAUACAUUUUUUUGUGUAUUGUAAUAUUUAAUGUACACUAACAACAAAUAACAACAACACAAACACAAAAAACAAAACAAAAAAAAACGUAACAGAAAAGAAACAACAAAAAAAUUACAAAAAAAAAAAAACAAAUGAAUAUACUUGAAUAAAGUUGCAUUCACAAUUUUUAAAUGUUGCGUACUAAAAAAUAAAGGGCGGGAGAUUAAAACACAACUUAUAUAAAAAUUUAUAUAACAUUUAAAUUUAAAAAAAAAAAAAAAAAAGCUUUUGAGUCGUUACCCGCCUUUUUUCAAAUUCAGUAAUAUUGGUAUUAAAAAAUAUAUAUUUUGGUAUAUUUUAAUUUGGUAUUUAUCGGCUAUCGUGCAUACGGUCACAUUUUCGCCGGAUUUUUUUUGCCACAAAAAGCGGCGAGCAAGAAAUACAUACACACACGCACGUACUUCCCGUUUUGUGGUUUUUUUUAAUGUGUGUUGUUGACGGCGCAGCAUUUUUGCCUCCUGCGCGCUAUUACCGGAGAUUUUGCGCGUUUUUGCAACUGUUGUUCCAGCAUUGGCCCAAAAUUGCCAUUUAAAUGCAAAAUAAACAAAUCAAAUGCAAAAUAGCACAGUGUGUGAGUGAGUGAGCGAGUGAUUUUGUCGUGUGAGGCGUCGUCGGCAGCAGAAGCAGACGCAGCAACAGCAGCGGCAGCGUUAAAAAUCAAAACAAUCCCAGCUACUUAUUAUUUUUUUUUCUGUUCUUGGCCAGGCAGAUGUGAAGAAGGCCGAAAAGGCCAAAAAAGAAGCAAAAGAAAUGCCGAUAUUCGGGGCUUUGUCUCUUCUUCUUCUACCCCUUUUUCGCCGGAUAUAAAUGAGCCCAAAAGUAAAGGCAGCAGCAGCAGCAGCCGUAGCCGUAGCCGCAGCAGCAGAAGCAGGAUCGGCGGGAGAGAGCAAAAAGAGAGAGAGCCAGAGAGAGAGUUUUUGGCAAAAAAAAGACAAAUACAACAAAUACAAAAUAAAGAAAUAAAAACAGCGCGCGUACUCGAAAUAGGAGCGGAAAAAAACGGAGCUGGCGGUCUGAGCAGAGUGUGCGUGUCCAUGUGCAUGUGUGUGUGUGUGUGCGUGUAUGUGUGUACAAUAUAAUCAUGUGAAAAAUCGAUUGGAAGCACUGGCAGCGCAGCAGCAGCGCAGUAGCAGAGCGGCGGCGGCGCCAAUUGUCACUUACUAUCGAACAAGAAGAAGAAGCAAAAGUUAAGGCAGCAAAACCCACACGCUCCCCCGCGAAAAAAAGUCAUUAAAAAUAGUUAAAUAAAAAAAAAAAGGAAAGGAA